AUGGAAAACACUUUGCAAACUGAUAUAGGACAUUAUUUGGCAAAAUCAAAAAAUCAAAGAAAGAAGCUUGCUGAUAUUGCAAAAAAAUAUAUUCAAGGAAAUCCUAAAGACAGUAAAAGGACCCCAAAAUAUUUUUCAGAAAGAUGCAAAAUGAUUGUAUUGCCGAGAAGUCCACAAAAAUCUGAUAAAGAAUUAUGAUACUUAAGCUAUUACUGCAUACCUUAGGAUUUUGAGAAAACAUUUUGAUUUGUAAAAUUUAAGAAUGCAUAGCAAAAAAUUCUUUUCAUGCAAAUUAUCAAAGCAAUUAUUCCAAAAACUUAUAAGAAUAGACAAAUCAAAUUUUAGUCUAGAUCAUAGCAAAUUUGAAUUGCUUAUUGAUGAAGCAGCUGAAAAUUUAACUUCAAAAAAUAAAAGACCAAAAGCAAAAUACUCCAAGAAAUAUAAUUCGGUACAAAGAAUAAUGAGGCUAACUUAUUUGAACGCAUUUCCAAAAUCACCAAAAAAUCAAUUGGAAAUUUCUCCAAUAAGCAGAGAAUAUAAAAUAAAAAUUCCUAAUCCAAUACUGAGUUCACGAAGAUUAAGUCUGAAUGGUUCAUUUGAUAGUAACUUAUCUAAGAGUUUCAGUACCACACAAAAGUCUGCUCGAUUCUCUCUUAGGAUCAGCAUGUAA